GGCCCGGCGCGUCCAUUUGAUCCUCACUUACAUAUAUUCUAUAUUUAUCGCUUGAUAAUUAUGUGAAAUUUAAUGAAAAUUCUUGUUUUUUAUGCACAGAUUUGUUGUUAAUAUUGGUUUUGGAAAGCGAAGAAGCAUAAUAACAAGAUCAUGCGUGAUUUAAUGACAACAAAAGGCGGACAGGCCUUUUUAUUGAAAAUAAUUGAAAUGUAUCGUGAUAGUCCGUGCCUCUGGUAUCAGGGAAACUCAGACUUUCGUGAUAAUGCAAAACGAAAUAUCGCACUAGACAAAAUACUGGAAUUCUAUAAAACAAGAGACCCUUCUGCCAGUCGAGAUACAGUAUUUAAAAAACUAUCCAACAUUCGAAGUUCUUACAAAAAGGAAAUGAGAAAGGUAUAUGCUUCCAUGAAGAAAGGUUCUGAUCAUGUUCACGUUCCAAGACUUUGGUACUUUCGCCAUCUUCAUUUUCUACAAAUCACGAACGAGAACAAACCCAUCAAAAAUACAGAGAACAUAGAAAUUGAAACGGUAAUAGAUGAGUUACCAAUUGAAGAAGACACGAAUGAGAGCAGUUUAAUGUUUGUACUGCAAACAAAUCCAGAUUCCAGUCCAGUCGCAUCGCCUGUUUAUGAACCGCUACAAAAACAAGCGAAAAUUGAAAUAGAAGAACACCGUGACACACUUAUAUCGAAACCAGAUAUAAGCAUAAGCUCCCCUUCUCUGCCCCAUGAAUCUUAUGGGAAACACAUAGCUGAAAAACUCCGAUCAAUGCCACAAGAAAUGGUGCCCUAUUGCCAAAAACUUAUCAAUGAGGCAAUCUUCCAGGCGGAAAUGAACUGUCUAAAUAUGAGCACCAGGAUAGUCACCGACGAUAGUACAUAAUAUAGCUUUUAUACAAAGAUGCAAUAAUGCAAUGUUAUUAAAAUCAAGGCGUCUCGUUAGGAUACAAGUUAUAAACGUUGACGUUUUCUAUCAA